AUGCGUUGCAAACGCAAUGCCCUCAUCGCGGCUGCUGGACUUGCUUCCACUGCCAAUGCCCACUUCGAAAACCCAUCCAAUUACCAUUCGUCGGCUGUUAUUCCAUCAAUCACCGCAAGCGACUCAGUUUCGACCCACUCAUCCAACCUACAUACAACUCAUACGCCUGGCUCAGAUUCAAUUCAUUGGUCCCAUGCAAGCUCCGUUGAAACAUCUGCUUUCCAUUCGAGUGUGAUUUCUGCUCCAGUUCACUCAUCAAAGUCGGAAUCGACUCACUCAUUCAAUACUGUCCCUGUCAUAAGUUCGACUGCACACUCCAGCGUGGCUUCUGUUUCAAGUCAUUCGUCCAAAGUUCCGCCGAUUCACUCCUCAAACUUGGUUCCGGCUCACUCCUCGAAGAUUACCCCCAAAGGUUCGAGCGCCCAUUCCAGUGUAGCUGCUGUCUCGAGCCAUUCACCCAGCUUACCGUUGAUUCACCCACACUUGCCUUCAUCUCAUUCCAAUCAUGUUCCAGACAAAACUUCAACUCCUCAUUCUAGUGUAGCUACUGCUUAUUCAUCCAAAUUACCAUUGAUUCAUUCAUCAUUGGCUUCCAGUCACUCGUACCACGAGCCCUCGACUCACCCAUCGAAUGUCGCUCCUGUUGAAUCUUCUACUGGUCAUCCCAGUGUAGCUUCGAUUCACUCCUCCUUAGCUUCUAGUCACUCAUCGAAGGAUUCCCAUAUUACAAGCUCGACUCACCAUUCCGAUGUACCUACCGUGUCAAGUCAUUCAUCCAGCUUACCAUGGACUCACUCAUCCGACGUUAUUUCUAUACGCUCUUCCUUGGCUUCAAUUCACUCAUCCAAGACCGCUCCCAUCAUAAGUUCCGCUAGUCAUUCUAGUAAAGAUUCUAUUCACACUUCCCUAGCCCAUCAUUCUAAUGCGGGCCAUGGCAAAAGUUCUGCUGGUCAUGCUAGCAAAGCUUCUGCCCACACUUCCUUGAAUUCAGUUCACACUGCCUUGACUUCAGCUCAUCACUCUAAUACGAUCCAUAGUAAAAGUUCUGUUAUACAUUCCAGUGCAGCUUCAACUCACACGUCAUUGGCUUCCAGUGAUCAUUUUCAUGCGAUCCCUAGUUCAAGCUCUGCUGAUCAUUACAGUAAAGCCUCAGUUCACGCGUCCUUGCCUUCGAGUCAUUCAAGUUUAACCUCAAGUCAUCACUUCAACACAAUCCACAGUAUAAGUUCUGGUAGUCAUUCUAGUAAAGCUCCGACUCAGACAUCUAAGUCUUCGAGUCAUCACUCGGAUGCUGCUACUAAGAAGAACUCCAUUAGUCACUCCGGUGUUACUCCUGUUCACAAGAGUAUACUUUCGAGUCACAUUUUCAACUUGGCUUCAAGUCAUCACUCGGAUGCUAUUACUAGUAAACAUACUGUUGGUCAUUCGAGUGUCGCUCCGAUUCAUACACCCUUGAGUUCCAGUCGCUCAACCUUAACUUCAAGCCAUCACUCUGAUGCCAGCCAUACUUCGACUCCCAGUCAUUCUGGAGUGGCUUCGAUUCACUCAUCUCAUGCGGAAUCUGUUGCAACUUCUAGCCAUACCGGCGUCGCUUCGUUCCACACAUCCUUAGUUUCCAAGCACUCCACUCUAAUCCAUCACUCUGAUGCGAGCCAUGGCGCAACUGCUAGUCACUCUGGUUUAAUUCCGGUUCACACGUCCUUGGCUUCGAGUCACUCGUCCUAUGCAGAAUCCAUUGCAACCUCUCACCAUUCUGGUGUGGCUUCGAUCCACUCGUCCCAUACGGACUCUGUUACCACUUCUAAUCAUGCCAGUAUAACCUCAAAACACUCAUCUCAUGCAGGUUCUGUUGCAAAGUCCAGUCAUACCAGUGUAGCUUCCGAACACUCAGCUCCCCACUCACCCCACUCAUCCCACUUGGCCUCCAGUUCCACUAUUCAUUCGGUGCAUCCAUCUAAUGUGGCCUCGGCUCAUCAUACCAGCCCUGCUUCGAGCCAUUCAUCUCAUAUUGUGCAUAGUACGACUCCCGUUGUCCAUUCCAGUGUAACUCUGGUGCAUCAAUCUACCUCGACUCACUCUCUUCAUUCUAAUACGGAUUCUGCGCAUUCAUCUCAAAAAUCCUCUGCUAUUCAUUCUAGUAUGAAUUCGGCUCAUUUAUCCAGCUUGGCCUCUUUUCAUUCCAGUGUAUCUUCCGCGCAUAAAUCUGGCUUUACUUCCGUUCUAUAUUCUAGCACGGCUUCUGAGCAUUCAUCUAAUCAAGCCUCUACUAUUCAUUCUAGUGAGGCUUCGAUACAUCCAUCCAGAUCAAUUUACGCUUCACAUUCUCAUGUAGCUUCGGUUGUUUCCAGUUCAGCCUCGGUGCAUUCAUCCAGCCUAAGCUCUGGUACUCAUUCUACUGGACCAUCGACUCAUUCUAGUAAACCAUCGGUUCAUUCCAGUGAGUUAUCGGUUUAUCCAUGGAACUCGGCCUCUUCCCAUUCUAGUAUGACUGCUGCUCAUUCUAGUAUGACUUCUGCUCAUUCUGGUAUACAUUCGGUUCAUUCUAGUAUACCUAUGGCUCACCCAUCAAGCUCGAACUCCUUACAAUCUAGUAUAGCUUCUGUCCAUUCUAGUGGACAGCCAGCUCAUCCUUCAAGCACGGCUGCUUCUCAUCAUUCCAGUGAACAGCCAGCUCACCCAUCAAAGACAGCUACUUCUCACCAUUCCAGUGAACCAUCGGUUCAUCCAUCAAGCCCGGUGCUUCUUCAUUAUGGUGCAACUUCGGCUCAUACCAGUGGACUAUCAGUCCAUUCCAGUGAGCCAUGGGUUCAUCCAUCAGCCUUAACUUCGACUGUUCAUAGCAGUUUAUCAACUUCGUAUUUGCCAUCCAAAUCGAUACCAGAGGAAUCUUCAAUUCAUUCAUCCAGUCAUGUUCCUAUUAAAACUUCCAUUUAUCAUUCUGUAACUUCGGACUUGCCAUCUUACACUGUUCCAAGAGUCUCUUCAAAAGAAAUCUCUAGCACACCAGAAGUUUCGUCUAAGAUGACCUCAAUCCCUAUCCCAACUUCCACUCAUUCAUCUGAUAUUGUUACAGGACUUUCUUCGACUACAAAGUCGAGUAUUAUUAAUUAUGGCCCUACCGAAACCGGCAGCUCUGUAUCAAAUGAUGUCACUACGCAGACCUCAAAAUCUUCUACCAUUUCCUCAAUUGCUGAAUCUAGUCAAAGUAGUCUUGAAAUUGUCGGAUCUACAGAUACAAAUGGAUGGGCUUCUUAUACAUACUCCUUGUCAUCCAGCAAGACCACAAGCGAAAUUGAGAAAGAGAGAUCCAAAACUGCCUCUUCACCAAGUAUUUCAGCAUCUACUGGAGCUUACCAAUAUGGAUCAGUCACUUCCGAAUCAUCUCCAAGUGCUUCAGCAAAAUCAACAGAAACUGAUAGCACAGUGACAGCUGGAAUUUCUUCUACCUCAUCCGACUCUUCGGUCUCCAAAGCCCCUCAUAUCUCAACCUUCUCAUCGAUUCCAAAUUAUUAUACUCCAUCUGUCGAAUCUUCAAAAUCUAAAUGGACUGAUACUACAACUGCGGUUGGAGCAUCUUCCACCCUAUCUAGUGGAAGCUCGUCUAUUCUAUCUGAUUCUUCUACACUUAGAGUCUCUUCUGAUGCACCAUCAAUGACACAAUAUUUCAGCCACCAGACCACCAACGGCGCAUCAGAUAUUGUUGAAUCUCACAGUCACCAAGCCACGAAUAUACCAUCAACAAAACAACCGGUCUAUCACCAAACUACCGAUGCUUCGUCAAGUGUUGUUCAAUCACACAGCGACCAGACUACCCAUAUUUCAUCGACAAAAUCAUUCAAUCACCAUACUACCCAUAUCCCAUCAAGUGUUCUUGAACAAUCAUCUGUAACUCGAGGUUAUCAAAGUGUGCCGGUAACUUCAGCCGAUACCCCAUCAUCUACUAAUGGUAAUACCUUCGAAUCAGAUGAAACUCUAUCCAGCUCAAACUAUAUUGGUGCAAGUUCUUCAAAAACACAUACUUUCCCAGUUUCUGCCUCAACUGCUCCAUCAUCUGGAUCAUCCUUCUCAGGAUCAGCAGCUACCACCGUGCACUCUUCUGGUUCAAUCAGUGCAUCUAGUCUUUCAGGAUAUGGAGCUGGAAUUUCUUCUACACCAUCCACCUCUCCGGGUGAAGCUUCUUCAACCUUAUCCAGCUCUUCUGAUAGAAUUACUCACACUCCAAUAAUCUCACCUAUUCACGAAUUUCCACCCACUUCAUCGACCCAUAGAGGUCCAUGCAUAGCUAGUCAUGGAGGUCCAUGUGUCCCAUUCAUUCAUGGAGGUCCAUACACCUCCUUGGCACAUAAUGCUUCUUCAACACAUGGUAUCUCUUCAACGGAUGUGAUCUCUUCGAUGACACAUAGCGUAAUGUCAGAACAUAGUAUUCAUUCAACAGUACACAGUGUGUCUUCCACAGAUAGCGUAUCCUCCACACAUUCUUCCGCGGACAGUGCCUCUUGGAUGCAUGGUAGUACCCCUUUGACGCAUAGUGCCUCUUCCACACAUAGUACUUCUUGGAUGCACGGUGUCCAUCCAACACACAGUGCCUCCUCAGAGCAUUAUGUUCAUUCGACGUACAGUGCCUCUUCCACACAUGCUUCCACACAUAGUGUCUCUUCUACACAUGGUAUCCCUUCGACAACACACAGUGCCUCUUCCAAGCAUGAUAUCCACUCGACGCACAGUGUUCCUUCCAAUUAUGCUUCCACGCAUGGUAUUUCUUCUACACACAUUGCCUCUUCGGAGCAUGAUGUCCAUUCCACGUACAGUACCGCUUCGACGUAUAAUGUAUCUUCCACACAUGAUGCCCCAUGGAAAACACACGAAGUUCCUUACAAUCAUGCUUCCACACACGGCGUAUCUUCAACACACAGUGCCUCUUCGAAACAUAUUUCCACCCAUAGUAUAUUUUCUACACAUGAUACUCCUUCGAAAACGCACAGUGCCUCUUCCACACACAGUACCCUUUCGAUACACAGUAUCUCUUCGACGCAUGAUUCCACACAUAGUGUAUCUUCGACAAAUAAUCACCCUACCACACACACUUCAGCACAUGAUAUCCCUUCGACACACGAUGUUCCUUCGACGCACAGCAUGUCUUCAACACAUAAGAUUUCUUCCGCCGAAUCAACUUCAUCUGUACCUUCCGCUUCUACCACCCACGAAAUACCCAUUUCAUCUACUCAUAAUGGUCCAUGUAUAUCAUCUGUCCAUGGAGGUUCAUGUAGCCCAUCAAUUCUUACCGUUACUUCCACCCUUUUAACCUUCUCUGGACCUUCCACUUCUUCUGUUCCUGAGAUUUCACCCAUUUCAUCUACCUAUAGCAGUUCAUGUAUUCCACAUAUUCAUGGAGACUCAUGUACCAAAUCUGUUCAUGAGGUCUCUUCUGCUCCACCAACUACACCCAUGCCUUCCGCCUCCUCUGUCCACGAAGCACCACCCGCUCCAUCUGACCAUGGUAGUUCAUGUAUUCCACAUAUCCAUGAAGGAUCAUGCACCCAACCAAUUAAAGUUACUUCGACUUUAUCCAAACCUUCAACUUCUAUUCAUGAAGUCCCACCUGUCUGGUCUACCCAUCAAUCUUCAUGCAUCCCUGAAAUCCAUGGAGGUCUAUGCACUCAAUCCAUUCAUAGUAGUUAUUCUGCUCCCUCGACUUUAUCGAAGCCUUCCACCGCCUCUAUCCAUGAAGCCCCGCCUGCUCCAUCUACCCAUGAAAUUCCAUGCAUCUCACAUAUUCAUGGGGGUUCGUGCACUAUGUCCAUCCAUGAACCUUCUUCUACUCCGUCAACUUUACCCAAACCUUCAAUCUCUUCUGUUCAUGAAGUCCCACCUGUUCCUACACAUGGAAGUCCAUCCACCAAUCAAGGCUCAUGCAUUCCUCACAUUCAUGGAGGCUCAUGUGGCGAGUCCACACAUGAUCUUCCUCCCACUCCGUCAACUCUAUCGAAGCCUCCAACUUCUCCCAUCCAUGAAGUCCCACCCGUUUCAUCUACUCAUGAAAGCCCACCUACUCAGUAUGGCCCAUGCAUCCCUCACAUCCAUGGAGAUUCAUGUACCAUGCCCUCAAUUCCUGAACACCAUAGCUCCCCCGCCAGUUCCAAAACCACCUCCACAUUACCAUCUACAUACACUGUAAAGCCAGGUGAUGUUCUUUUCAGUAUUGCUAAAGAUAAUGGAAUCCCAUUGCAUACUCUCGAGGCGUUGAAUCCACAAAUCACAAACCCAGAUUCACUACAACCUGGACAGGUUAUCAACCUUAAAGCUCAGACCCCAUCCUCACCAAGUACAUAUACUGUUAGAAAAGGAGAUAGUCUCGACAGCAUUUCCAAAGAACUAGGGGUUCCAUUGGCUGAGCUCAAAGCCGCAAACCCACAAAUUUCUAACUUUGAAUUGAUUCAUCCCGGAGAAGUGAUCAAACUCCCCUCCAAUGGCACUACCGUUAUCGUGAAACCAGGAGAUACCCUCAGUUCUGUGGCGGCCGCAAACAAAGUUUCACUUCAAGCCUUGGAAGCUGCCAAUCCAGGUAUCCACGACUACAAUUCCAUUGCUCCAGGUCAAACCAUCAGCAUCCCACCAAGUAAUGCUGCCCACGGUAAAGAACAUAUGCACGUUGUUAAAGCAGGAGAUACGCUCUUCAAUAUCGCCAAUAACAACGGAGUUACUCUCGAUGCUUUGAAAACCGCCAACCCAAACAUCAUCAUGGUCAACUCACUCUGGCCUGGCGAGACUGUGAAAAUCCCCAGUACCGGUGGAGAUAACCACAAAACUUACACUGUGAAACCAAAAGAUACCUUCUUUGAUUUGGCGCAUAAAUUUGGAGUUUCCCUGAAAGAUCUUGAGCAUGCCAAUCCACAUGUCCAGAACUUUGAACAGAUCAAACCAGGAGACCUCAUCAAUGUUCCUGAGCACAAGCAAAAGUCGAAGAGAAGACUUAACAGUGUUAAGUUCAGAUCUUUAUUGUAA